AUGGGUCAUGCAGCUGAAGCGCAUACUCUACGCAUCGUCGCAUACUGGGCAAUCUGCACGGAUUGGCAGAUAUCGUCCCCUCCAAUAGAGACCGAUCAACCACACAAGUAUCGGCAAGCACAGUUGACACUAGACAUUUUAGCACUUCUGGCGCUGCCCGCAGCGGUGCUCAACGUGAAGGCGCCGGCCUUCUCGCGUCCAAUGAUGCCGGGAGAACGUUGGGCGCGGAAUCCUGCGUAUGCGGCUUUCGCAGCUCUGUAG